GUUUCUUUUCCGGGCUCAGUGUGAAAGCAUUUUCCUCGGGGAGCCUUGAACAUGUCUGCACAAGAGGCUGCGGGAGCAAUGUCAGAACCACGCUUGGCCCACCUGGCAGCUGAGAUCAGCGAGCUGUUUCAAGCCGACCAGAAGCAGAUGGCAGAAUUCAAUGCGGCCACUUCAGAUGACUCGGAGCUUCAGGCGCCUUACGCAAAGUACAAGGCAGAAGUACUUCAGACGCGUGAUUGUUUCUACGACCCCUUCAUUGUGGAUCUCUGGGUCGCCUCGGAAGAGCAUCCACCAGCCGCCAUUACGACCGCACAUGCGUUUAGGGAACGAGUCAACCGACGUGUGAGGGAGAUUGUUGACGAACACGGAUGGCCGAGACGGAAAGAUGUCGGAGAUACUGCUGGUAUCAUGUUUUUCUUCCUCUUUGGCCACGGAGACAAUGAUAACGAGUGGCGACACACCCAGCUGUCAAAUAUAGAUCACGUCAACCAGGAGGACAAGCUCAAUCCUAGACUCUACGGACACAUGGUCGACAGACUAAGGGCAGUGGCCCUCAAACCUCAGCUCUACGGGACGAUCAUGGGUCCAGGGAUGGAAAAGGGGACUGCGAAGCUAUACGUCAAGACUGAAUUCGAUGAAGAGACGACAAACGAGAAGCGGAAAGCUAUUGGGUUGGCUAGCAUCGAGGAAGAUCUCGAGAAAUUCCGAUCAGGCGCACAGAUUGGGCCAUAUAUGACCCCGAUGAUGGGUCAGCCAUGGGAUUUAUCGGAUGGUUAUAGGACAACCGUAUAAUGUAUGAUUGAGACAGAG